AUGACCAAGUUUGCCGUUUCCGACGCCCGGCUACUGAUUGUGAUCAACGUACUGAUUGUUUCCUGGUUGGGAUGCUGGCAAAUCAGUUCGCGCCUCUUGCAAGUGGCUCCGAGAGCUACAGAUGUUACUCUGGAUCUGGAAGACGGCUCACUAUCGGAAGAUGAUGCUGGGAAUAUCAAUGUGACAACAACAAUUCACCUCGAGAAGUCUAACCAGACACUGGCACAACCUAACAUCACAGCGAGUAUACAUACUACCGACCCUCCAACUCCACCACCAGACACCAUUACCACCAACCUGCCUGCUUGGAUGCAGGACUAUGCGACAUGGCAUGAAGAAACUCGGGCUCGGCUGAAUGAGACCAACUGGAAUUUACUGCCCAAUCGCUAUCUCGUCAUGGUGGCUCGACGAGGAGAACGAGCCGGAGGAUUGACGGAUCGAUUGAAACCACUUCCAUUCUUUCUGAAAGUGGCCGCCAGAACCAAUCGAAUCUUGUUGAUAUAUUGGAACAAACCCUUUGCGUUGGAGCAUUAUCUAUUGCCUCCUCAAGGUGGAUUGGAUUGGCGUGUACCCCAUUACAUGGUGGAUGCAGUCUUGGCCAAGCCGGCUCGUGGAAGAAAACAAGACAUUGUUCGACUCGCCAAUGCCACUGGUGCUGGAAUGCAAGUCAUGAUCUGUGAGAUGCAAGCCAGUGACUAUGGUCAAGAGUGGUACGAUGAAAAUCCACUAAACGGGGAUGAACAACAGCAUGCCAGACUCCAAAUGUUUCGACACAUGUGGCAUUGGGUUUUUACUCCGGCUCCUCCUGUGGCGGAGCGCGUCAAGGACAAUUUUGACAAAUUGGGGAUCCGCCCCGGAGAAUAUGCUUCGGCUCAUAUCCGUGCGGUGUAUGCCGUCAAGGAACGAUCAGAGAAGGACAUGACACGAAGGACACACCAUGCUAUGAAUUGUAUUUCCAUGUUGCGGCCCGGUGGGCCAUUCUUUGUGGCUUCCGACACGGCAUUUGCUGUCAAGGCAGCCAUGGAGUAUGGACGCAGCAAAAAUGUCACAGUCGUGGCCACAACCAACAAUGGAGCCUACCAGAAACAGCCCCUUCACUUGGACAUGUACGAUGUCAGUGAUCCAUCACUGGUACCAGAGGACUUUUACGAUGCCUUUGUCGAUUUGUACCUUUUGGGAAGUACUCGAUGUGUGGCACAUGGCCAAGGGAGUUUUGGUCAUUGGGGGUAUUUGUUGGGGUACAAUUCGACCUGUGAGAUUCGACAUCACCGGGGACCCAAGUGUUUUUGGACUCCGGCCAGCAAGACAACAACAAACCAGACCGACAGCAGUCAGACAGCCAUGGAUCCACCAUUAUUGUCGCGCCCACUGUUCCGACCGCCCAUGUCCUAUGAUUCCAUCUACUCACUAUAUGCAUAA